CCGCCCCUUCUUUAAGUCUGGGAGAAAAGCGCCAGGGGCUUUUACUUACCGCUGUGCUUCACAAUAGGAGAGGCGAGUAGAGAUCUCACACUGACUCACUUCAACCCGUUAACCCUUAACAAGUGGCAAAGCCUAUAUUAAGUGGACAGGCUGGCACAAGACUGUUAUUCCUCAGUUCAAGACGCUUUUUGAUGGAACGCUACAGAAAAGAAGUGACACCGCAAGUGUGCAAGAAUGAAAGGGAGAUGUGCUGCUUUACAUAAGCUAAGGCACAAACUCUACUUGCUCUUUGUGUCAUUGUCCAUUGUGUGUGUGCUGAAGCUUGUCUACGUAAAGGUCUCGUUGAAAAAAAGAUUCUACAUUGAGCCCUAUGGAAUUACAGUAGGAUCAUCCAAUUCUCAGUCUAACAAAGAUGCCAUUGACUGCACUGCCAUUUAUCAGCUGGAUCCAGUAGAAAUUGGCAAGUCUUUGGAGAUAAGGCACAGAGACAUUGUGGAUUUGGAUGAUGAGAGUGUUGUGUCCUUUACUGAAGAUUGUCCAAAAUACCUAUCUGCAAGAGGUUACAAUGGCAUCUCCGUGACGGACGAGGAGCGUGGCUUUCCAUUAGCCUACUCUUUAGUAGUGCAUAAGAACAUGCCCAUGGUAGAGAGGAUUAUCAGAGCCAUCUAUGCACCAAACAACAUUUACUGCAUUCAUUAUGAUCAGAAGUCCUCAAAAUCCUUUAUCGCAGGAGUGAAAAACCUGGCCAAAUGUUUUCCAAACAUAAUUAUUGCCUCUAAACUCGAAUCAGUGCAGUAUGCACACAUCACAAGACUCAAUGCAGAUCUCAAUUGCCUGUCAGACCUAAUGAGGUCAGAGGUCAAAUGGAAGUAUGCUAUCAAUCUGUGUGGGCAAGACUUCCCACUUAAGUCUAAUUAUGAGCUGGUGAAGGAACUGAAAAAACUAGACGGCGCAAACAUGUUAGAGUCAAGCCGACCAAGUGAGCUAAAGAAACAACGCUUCAGCUUUCAACAUGAACUGAAAGAUGUCCCAUAUGAGUACCAGAAAUUACCCAUUAGAACUACACUAUCUAAAAGCCCACCACCACAUGGUAUUGAAAUGUUUAUUGGAAGUGCCUACUUUGUCCUUUUGCGUGAUUUUGUCCAGUAUGUUCAGACUAGCCAGCUGGCAGAAGACUUCUUAGAAUGGUCCUCUGACACCUACUCUCCAGAUGAGCACUUUUGGGCAACACUAGUACGAGUGCCAGGUGUGCCAGGAGAGAUCUCAAGGGCAGAGCCUGAUGUGACUGAUUUAAAGAGUAAAACUCGGCUGGUAAAAUGGAACUAUUUGGAAGGGUCUUUGUACCCUCCCUGUACAGGAAAACAUAUGCGUAGUGUUUGCAUUUAUGGUGCUGCAGAACUCAGGUGGCUCUUGAACUAUGGCCACUGGUUUGCAAACAAGUUUGAUCCCAAAGUUGACCCUGUCCUCAUUCAAUGUCUUGAGGAAAAACUUGAAGAGAGUAAAAUUCAACAUCGUUUGAACACAGUCUCUUAAAAAGUGGUAGAGAUUGAAGACCUUUAUUUAUGACCUAGUUCAUGGACCCAGAGGGGUUUAUACUUUUGUACUUGUUUUCUAACUAAAACUGUCUUGCACCUAUUAUAAAGCAAACAUAGUAUGUUUUGUGUAGGACUUUGUUUCAUAUGCUAGUGAAAUGUUUAAUGCAAUACAAGCUCGAAAAUAUUCAAUGCAUUUUGCCAUUAAAAUCAAACCAAAACGUAUGACAAUGGCCUUUUUAAAGUGCCUUUCAGCUCCCAGAUAGAGAUAGUCUCUAUUGUUGCCUUACUAAAGACCUAUGAAAGGUCUUAUUAGAAAGCACAGAAUACCAAAUAUUCUACCUCAGUUGUCUUUAUUAGAAUUUAUUAUUAAAGAAAGGCUUCAAUAAAAGUAUCUCAUUUAUAUAUUAAA